AUGACUAUAUACAAGGUGUACCAGUACCACGUCGAUGUGCAGGGGUACGAUGUAAUUGAGGCUAAGUCUAUAUAUGUAGGAUGGCUCCUUCUGGCACCAGCAGGCCUGAACUUUGCCAACCCAGCUCACAAGACAAGGAGGCAGAGGAGAUUUUUUGUGCUGCAUGAGCAUGGUGUACUGCGCUACGCCUUGGAUGACAUGCCCAGUAUACUGCCCCAGGGCUCCAUCAACAUGAACCAGUGCUGGGAGGUUGUGGACGGUGAGCAGCAGACGGGCCAGAGGAAUACUCUGUGCCUCUGCCUCUUUGACAACAAGGAGACCUACCUCCGGGGGGGCCAUCGCAGGGUGAAAGAAACGACACACAGUAUAAUUCCACAGAAAUGUUUAUCUGGGUAG